AUGCGACUUGGUAAAUUGGUUUUCACAAGAGCUGAUAAAGGAGGAAGUGUCCUUGUGAUGAACCCCCAGGAUGUGGAUAAAGCUAUAAGAGCUGAACUUAGCAAAUCAGAUGGUUACAGCAGUCUACCAGAAGACCCUAAUGAUGGAAUUCUUAAAAACCAGAAGUUGCUUAUUGAAAAUCUAAUCAAUAACGGCUCUUUCAACAACAAGAUUUUAGAAACCAUUACGGGGUACACAGAAAGAGGAGGGAAAAUGAGAAAAACCUGUUUUAAGACAAGGACAGGAAUACCAUACCCACUAUUCAAGAUCCACAAACUAGACCCCCAACAAAUCCUAGACAGGACCAUUCCCCCAUCGAGAUUAGUACACGCUCUUACCCAAUCUCCAACAACCAGGCUUGAACAAUUCCUUGCUCACCACUUCGGCCAAGUUUCACGUAACUAUGCUAGUGAUGAAUACAUCAAGGAUACAAACGAUUUCCUACACCAAAUAAAAGAAGUCGGAAUAGAAGAAGGCGAAUUACUCUAUACUCUAGACGUGAAAGCCCUUUACCCGAGCAUGGACCAGACCAUCGUUCUACAGUCAGUCAAAGCAGCACUGGAAGAGGAUAGAACCCUAACCCCUGAAAUCAGAAGCGGCAUACUCCCAUGCAUCGAAUUCUGUCUUCAAAACUCUACUCUAGAGUACAGAGGCAUGUAUUUCAAAGCCAUCAAAGGAGUACCAACAGGCGGCUCCAUAUCUAGACCUUUGGCUGACACAUUCCUCAAAUUUCUCAAACUACAUCUCAAAUCUAAAAUACCAGAGUGGGAUGUACUCAUCAGAUUAUGGAAAAGGUAUAUCGACGACAUUUUCGGUAUAUGGAGAGGUACGAAAGAGGAAUUUGAGGAUUUCGUCUCUAAACUCAACAGUGAGUCAUCAACUUACGGGAUAGAGUUCACAGGGGAUGGAGGUAGAGAGCUAAGCUUCUUGGAUGUUAAGGUCAGGAUAACAGAUCCAGAACACGACACACCAGUAACUCUGGCUACCUCUCUGUUCAAGAAACCUACUGAUAACAGAUCUUUUCUACAGAGGAACAGUCACCAUCCUCCUCAUGUCUUCAAAAGCGUUCCUUACUCACAACUUCUAAGAACAAAAACCAUAUGCUCAGAUGAGGACACUUUUAUGGAAGCAGCACAAGAGAUUAUGGGAGACUUCAAGAAAAGCGGAUACAGGGAUGCAGAACUUAAGGCAGCAUUAACCAAAGCUAGUCUGGUUAACCGGGAUCAACGCCUUACACCGAGGGAGAAUACCAAUGAGUCUAUGCCAAAUAGUGAACACUGCAACUUGAUCCUCUCAACACAGUACUGCAAGGAACUCAACGAAAUCAGGAGCUUCCUUGAAGAUAAGAAACAAACUAUUGAGCAUAUCAUUGGUGGCCACUGUCUCCACCAAGGUUGA